AUGGAUAAGAAGAUAGUGCGCAAAGGGCCGCUGCCUGGGGGUCGCCGGGGCGCGUCUGGAGCUGGCGCUGGACGCGGCAGCAUGCGGGCCGCCAGCCGAGCGCGAGGAGCUGCACGGUCAUCUAGCAGCCCUCCGCAUCCAUCAUCCCCACCAGAAGGCUUGGUGUCGGCUGGGUCUUCUCGGACUCAGCAAGCGGCACCCGCCGCUGGUGGAGCACGUCGCAUGCGUUGGUCACAAGCAAUGAAUGCAAACGCACUGCGGGCGUACUUUAGGGCAAAAGGGGAAGAAACUGGAUGUUUGGCGUAUCGGGCUAGGAUGCAUCGUCUUUUUGCUGAGCUGGAGCCAUCUUUAACCGUCACAGAGCAAAACCUGGCAGACCGAGUUCGGUAUAUCUUGCGCUCAAAUAUAUUUGAUGUCGCCGAACUCGAACGGCUACGACGUGAGGCUGUUCCUCGUCGGAUGAGAAUGCUACGGCUGAGGAUGCGGCGCCACAAAUGUCGCCCAGGAACUGGAAUUAGAGCAUAUGAGGAGUACAUUGGAAGAGGCGAUUGUGGAAACGCGCAGUACGCCUCUCGAAAAUCGACCGCGACUUCCCCGCAUAGCCUUAAGCAAGUGGAAUCGGGCUGUCGUGAGGACUCUGAACCCAAUGCUGGUGACCUAUUUGGAAGCCAGCCGGGACCUUUGCAAGACGGACUCAAUUUUUUUGGCGCCGCGCUGGCAGUCUGCCGUAUCAUAGGCGCCAAGGUUUCCACGGCUGGACGCGAUACUGGCCAUAGUAACGCUAUCCCAGCAUGGAGAAGAAGAAUUGAGGAACGUAUCGCAAAGGCUAGAGCUCUCAUCGGCAGACUGAUAUGCUUCAGAUCAGGCAAUAACAGGCCAAGAAUUAAGCGCACCGUCAGGAUGGCGUUUGCUGGGACAAAUGUCAGUUUGUCCCAGCCGGAUACAAUGCAAAAACUGACGGAGCGCAUAGAUGAUCUGAAGCAGAGAAUCGCUACUUGGGGAAAGCGGAUUCGGCAAUAUACCGAGAGGUCGACACGGUUCAACCAGAAUCGUCUCUUCCAGAGUGAUCAGAAGAGGCUCUAUGAAUCAUUGGAGCGACCAAUGGUAAGUGGAACGGGUCCAGCACCGAAUCAGGCCGACACUGUAGCAUUCUGGCGCGGUCUGUGGUCAGAGCCCGUAAACCACAGCGAGGGCCCUUGGACGGAAGUUGUGGCGAGUCAGUGUGCGGGUAUUAUGCCGAUGGACCCCGUCAUCAUAACGCCGGAUGACGUAGCUGAGGCGGUCCGUAGGGCCCCGAACUGGAAAAGUCCGGGGCUUGACGGACUGCAUCACUACUGGCUGAAGGGGUUCAUGGUGCGUCACUCUGUGCUCGCCCGACAGUUUCAAGAGGCUCUCAACCAGAAGUCGCUCCCAAGCCUCUUCACUACUGAGAUCACUCAUUUGGUUCCUAGAGACCAGGCCCCUACUACCGUACUCACUGGUGGCGAUCUCAGCGGCGGCGGUGGCGAAACACGUGUAGGUUUAGCGCCUCGAGACGCUAUAUUAGACAGCACCGGCACCGUCGUCGCAGCCUCAGUGUUCGAGUGA